UUUAAAAAUCAAGCUCAUUAUUAGCUAUUGAUAGAGACCAAAUAUGAUAGUAGUUAGCUCAAUUUAGGGGCAUAAUUGUAAAAUGACCUAAUGCAGAUUUAGGUACCCUAUUUAAAAUCCUCAACUAGAAUCUGUUACUGAAUGCUUAUAUUUAGAAAAGAAGAACUGCCAUCAAUUGCUUUUUGUAAUAAUGCUUGCAAAAUAUCUGUGGUGAGGCAGAGUCCUCUUCACACAGGAAGACUGAACUUACUUGGUGAAUUUAGUCAACCUACUUAGUAGCACAAAUGAAGACAGAGUGAAACAUAAGAAGCUUGACAAAUAAUUCUGAGAGACAGUCUCAUUGCUGACAAAGGGACCCCAUCCUCUGAUGCUGCCUUGUAACCUUUAUUCUGACUAACUUUGGUGCUGCAAGCAUUUGAUCUGCAUUGCAAGAGACUAGAAAUUUGCCAUUUCAUCCUACUACCUUUCUCUCAGUGCAGUCUUGUGUAAAUUCUCUGAUUAACUCUCCUGGUUAAUAGACCACUGCAAAAUGAGCACCUCGGAACCAAGUUUGACAACAAAAUUUUAUUAUGAAGAUUUCCCUACCCCAUUCGUAAACAGUUCUGCGAAAAAUUUUGGGACUUGGUUUUUGCCACCACUUUAUUCUCUGGUGCUGAUUUUUGGCCUUGCAGGCAAUGCAUUAGUUGUUCUGAUCCUGAUAAAAUUCAAGAGACUGAAAAGCAUGACUGAUAUCUAUUUGCUAAAUUUGGCCAUCUCUGAUUUGCUUUUUGUAUUUUCUCUACCAUUCUGGGCAUACCAGGCAGCACAUAGAUGGAUAUUUGGAGAUGCAAUGUGCAAAAUUCUUUCAUGGAUCUAUUCCUUUGGCUUCUACAGUGGAAUCUUUUUCAUAAUACUUUUGACAAUAGAUAGAUACCUAGCAAUUGUCCAUGCAGUGUUUGCUUUGAAAGCUCGCACAGUUGUCUAUGGCAUCCUUGCAAGUGUAGUUGUUUGGAUUGUUUCUGCACUAGUCGCUCUUCCAGGGAUGACAUUUUAUGGUACUGGAAAUAAUAAUGUGGGCUGUAGCCUUAACCUUCCAAGUGAUAAACUGAAGGAGUGGAAGCAAUUCAUGACUUUACUGAUGAACACCGUCGGACUUUUCAUUCCUUUGAUCGUUAUGAUCUUCUGCUACACUGCAAUUAUAAAGACACUACUGAAAUGUAGGAAUGAAAAAAAAAACAAAGCAGUUAGGCUUAUUUUUGUCAUAGUGAUUGUUUAUUUUCUCUUCUGGACACCAUUCAAUAUUACUCUUCUUGUGAAGACUUUUUCAGGUUCCCUCGAUAAUGCUAAGGCAAGCACUCAGAUUGAUAUUGCAAUUCAAGUAACAGAAACAGUUGCCAUGAUCCACUGUUGUAUCAACCCCGUGAUCUAUGCCUUUGUUGGUGAAAAGUUUAGAAAAUAUCUUUCUACCUAUUUCCGAAAACACAUUGCAGUCCACCUUUGUAAACAAUGUCCAUCUCUUUACCGUGAUAAGUUAGAACGAGUUAGUUCCACAUUUACACCAUCCACUGCAGAGCAUGACAUUUCCACUGGUUUGUAAAAUACAGUAGGACGUGUCAUUAGUCAGUUUCAAUCUUUUUCACCUAAAAGAUUUUAGAACUAAUCAAAACUUUUGAGAUCAUCACCUUCAAGGACCUACAGUCACAAAUAGGUAAUUUUUUCUGUGGCAUUGCAGUAUUUCCCAUUCUCGGUAUAGGUAAAGAACAAGUCUCACAGGAAAGGUAAAUAGUUUAGUACCCCCCCUCAUUAGUACCCAAUGUAGAGACAAGUUCUAGCCAAUGUCAUGUGAUUUCCUUAUGAAGUAUGACUGAGAAGGAAGGUAUUUUUGGCAGCAGUGGUCUGUAAUUUUGGCCAUUUACUUGGGGCUUGAUGGAAAUCUCUUUAACAUUUAGAAUUAAUGGGAAAUUAUGAAAAAAAUAAUGCUUUGCAAUAGGAUUAUACUCUAUUAGCACUAAUUGCUUUUUAAAAAUAAUCUCAUUUAACUGUUUUGUUAAAUUAAAUUAUUUGACAUCAGUUAUACACUUUUGUAUGCACAGUAUAAAAACUCAAUUACUAAUAAUUUUAUAGCCUGGUUUUUAAAGGGGCUCAACUCAACUUCUUUUGUAGGUGCAAUUUUGGAAGUAAUUGCACACACAAACCAAGCUGUAAAAACCUUAAUGCUAUCAGUUGCAGGGAUGAGGCUACACCCACAAAAUAGGAGCCUGUUUCUGAUCAGGCAAGGAAAUAAUGGCUUCCAGGCAUCCAAUCAAACAACACAUGUCAAACUCACCAAAGUGUGAGAUGAAGAUUAGUCUUGAUGAUUCUGGUAUAUUAAAAGCUUUAGGUCAUAAAAAAGCUUUAAAAAUGGCCCAGGAGAAAAAGUGAAGAAAGAGAGGCAAAAUCUGUAGUUGUGUCUAAGGUACUGUUUUAAUUAUUGCAAAAAAUGCUACAAUUUUAUAGAGAAGUCUUGCAAGCUCCCUGUUCUCAUAUAUUCUGCAGUGCAAUUCUGAAAAAACUGAACAAAAUUUUACAUUUUUGCUUUGCAAAGAAAUGUCUGGAAAAUGCUUCUGUUUGUAUAAUGUCCAGAGAUUAAACUUGGCCAUGCCCAUGUGACCCAUCAAAAUGAGUGAUAAUAAGCAAUUCUUUUGAGGUACCCUGGCCCUUCCAAGUGCAAAACCUUUUGUGCUUCUUCAAUACAUAUUUUCUGUGAUGCUGUGAUUUGCAUAGGGCAAGAAUUUCCAGUCAAUUUCCAGUAAGUAAUCAGUCAAAACUGAUUACUUACUGAAGAUUCACCAUCAGAAGUAAUAUGAGUUGAUAACAUAAGUCCUAAAUCUGGUAGGUAAAAAUAUGAGAUAUCUCAUUUGUUAACAAUGGACUUAAAGAUCUGUGUAUAUAAUGAGAAAGAUAGCAUCAUCUCCUCGGAAAGACCUUUAGUCAAUUAAUUUCCAAAAAGGCCUGCUAACGUAAGUGCAAGUAAAGCCUGCUAAUAUGAGUGUCAGUAGGGUCCAGUCUCUGUAUCACAACACUCGCAUAACGUGUUACAUCUUCAGAGUAGUGUACACAUAUUAGAUAUCAACUAUUUCAUCCUGACAAUACAUCUGUGAGGUAAAUAGUUGCAGAAAUAGAAAGAAAAGACAGAAAAUUACUCUCCAAGUAAACUUGUUGAUGUAGAUAUCAUUUUUAUUUUUCUUUGUUCUUUUUUGCAAACUUGCACUAGGUUGAAAGCACCUUUUUAAGACUGAAUACAUGUAAAAGUGAUUACAGUGUGAUAUGUAUUUGCAUUUAACUGGGCGCAGCUACACGUGCUUCAAUGUGCAGUAGCCUAUUUUACUGUGCAUUAAAGCAUCAUUAAAAAAAGUGCAAAUACACUAAUGCUCAGAAUAAUAGGCUACUGUGCAUUAAGCAUCACUUAAAAAGCAUGCACUUUCACUACCGAACAUUAUGACAGCCUAAUGUGCAUUUAUUCAGUACCUCACAUUGGAGGUACUAAAUUUAACAUGUAUUAGGAAAACCACAUUAAAGCAUGGGUUGAUGUGCCCAUUGUGAUAUAUCCUUUAAUCUUUUACGUGCUGUUAUUGCUGUUAUAAUCAUAACCUGCUUCCUUGGACUUUCCAAAUUAAUGCAAGUAGUUAAUAAAAUUGUUUGA